AUGGAAAAAUCACCGAAAAAAUUGAAUAAAAAUACAAAGAAGAAAGGGAGAAAUCAUAAGAAGGUCAUAGAUGAAUCGAAGAAUGAUCCAGACAACGGUGAACAAGCUCGACAACAAUAUCUUGAUCAAUUAAAUGAUUUAGUGAAUCGAAUGUUCGAAAUUUGUAGUCAGAUGUCUGAUUUACCACCAAGUUGCGAAAUUCAUCUCACGAAAUUCAAACAAAGCAUCAACGGAACUAUCGAUGAUUUUUUUAAUAAGAUUGAUGUCGACCAAGCCAUCGGUCAACUUCGAGCGUUCAUCAAAUUGUUGGAUUUGAAUGAUCAUCAAUGGAAAGAAUUAGACGAACUUAUUAACGGUAUGGAAACAAUUGCAUACAAGUUGAUGUAUGAUCUUUGUGACAUUCGAUCUCAAAUUAAAACCAUGAAGAAAGACCAACAAGACCUGAAGGGAACUGUUGAUGAAUUGAUUGAUGAUAGAAAUAGAUUGAUUGAUGACAGAAAUAAUCUACAAACGGCAUUGUCUGAUUUGACAAAAGAAGUUCACCAACUGCAACAAAAUACAAGCGAUAAAGUAUUAGCAGAAACAUAUGCUCAUCUAUUACAACCAUUAGUUCGACGAAUUGAUGAAGAGUUUAAAAUCAGAAAUGAACAAACAAAAAAUAUGUCACUUCCAACAUCUUACAACAUGAUCACCCAUUACAAUACAAAGAUCUUAAAGAACCUUUUGUCUGGAGGGGAAAUUAGUGACGCAGCUACUCAAUUAGUUAGUAAUGUAAUCAACGAAUUUUCCAAAGCAAGUGGAUUGACAAAAGAUCAAGUGAUUGAGUUAUUGUUGAAAAAAGCGAAGAGAACUUAUAUAGCACAUGGUUAUAUCGAUAUGUUUAUCAAUGAUUUAAUUGCUGGUGAAUACGAACCAGACGACUUUUUCAAGUAUAUUGAAGAAGAAAAUCUUGUUAAUCUCUCCAUUGAAAACAAAGACAAGAAUCUGUUAAUGAAAUUGCUGCAAUACAACGUACUCCAUCGGCAAGAAUAA